CUUUCUCACACACAGUGGGAUUGCUAGAAAGGGAGGAGUGCAGGGGAAACUGGAAAUUACACCAUCUUUAGUACCUGACUGGAGUUGUUGUCCUCUCUGGAAUUCCCAUUGAAGAGCAUCUUUUCUUGUGAUCAAUACUAAUUGAAGAGACCAUGAGCGGGAACUACAGUGUCACUCUGUUGGGGCCGGCCCCUUGGGGUUUCAGGCUCCAAGGAGGGAAGGACUUUAACAUGCCCCUCACCAUCUCCAGGCUGUCGGAUGGUGGGAAAGCAGCAAAAGGUGGUGUUGCAGUUGGAGACACGGUUCUCUCCAUCGACGGUGUUUCCACAGAGGGCAUGAACCACCUUGAGGCCCAAAACAAAAUCAAGAACUGCACAGGGAACCUUAGUCUCACUCUGCAGAAGUAAGCGAUGACCCCACGCUUGUUGGUUUC